AAUUCAACACAAACCCUUUUUUGUGUUCCUUUAAUUAUGAGUACAACUUCAUAUAUCCUCUAUCUCUUCUUUUCAACUUUCUCUUAAUGUGUAAUAACCAACACUUCUCAAGGUGGGUGUGAUGGCUGUUCUGGUUAUGAUCCUUGUAUUAUCCCUGAUCAAGUCAGGAGUUUCACAGCGGAACAACACCGAAAACAAUAUUAACACACCCAUCAGAUCAUUCUGUGGCCGUAAUCCACCGAUAAAUCUAUCAAGUUUAAUUAACAAUCGCAACUCUACCUUUACGGAAAUAAGAAGACAAUUAUCCAGCAACGGUGUGUUUUACGCUAGAGCACAAAGUUUAUCCUUGGGGGACUCGGUGUUUGGACUUGCCCAGUGCAGAAACUACCUCUCUACAGCUCAGUGUGUGGCUUGUUUGGAUGCAGGUGUGUCUGAACUGGACAGCUGUCUAACCGGAAAUGGUGCUUAUGCCUUCUUCGAUAACUGUUUUGUCAGGUACGCAAACUAUGAUAACUUCUACAAUGAUCCAAAUGUUGUUGAGGAUGCGGGCAUCGGUCCACUUGGAAUAUGUGGCAAUCAGACAACAUCUCAGCCAGCAACAACUUUUACCCAAGAUGUAGGUGGGAUGUUAUCAGAUAUAACAGAUGCUACUCCAAAAACCAGCAACUUCUAUGUAGCAUCCACAACUCAAAUCACAAGUAAUAAUGCAACAGUGUAUGCAUUCGCGCAGUGUGUUGGAAAUAUUAACAAGGGCAUAUGCGAAAGCUGCAUCAAUAAUGCAUAUACUAGUAUAUCAAAUUGUCUUCCUAGCGCAGAAGCUACGUUUAUCAGCGUGGGCUGUUUUGCAAGAUAUUCAAUGACUCCAUUUUUCAAUGAUAAUCAGACGGUAGAUAUCACAAAUUUCUUAAAAGGCAAUUCAUCAAGCAAGGUACCAAUUAUUGCUGGAGCAGCUGCUGGUGCUGGUCUUCUUAUUAUCCUAAUUGUGUCAUGCUUAUUGUUUCUACGAUGGAAGAAGUCUAGGACGACUCUAGAAGACUCGCCGGAAUUGAAGGGGACAAUAAAUUACAAUUACAAAGAUCUGCAAUUGGCAACCAAUAACUUCAGUGAAGAAAAUAUUUUAGGGAAAGGAGGUUUUGGUGAAGUAUUCAAGGCAACUCUUGAAGAUAACAGCAUUGUGGCAGUUAAGAAAAUUCAAGUAUGGGAUGCUAAAGCAAAAGCGAGAGAAGAAUUCGAAAAUGAAGUUAAACUCGUAAGUGAUGUUCAUCAUCGAAACCUUCUCCGUCUCCUAGGAUGGUCCAGUGAAGGAUCUAAUCUACUUCUUGUCCUGGAGUACAUGCCAAAUGGCAGCCUUGACAGAUUUCUAUGGGGUGCAAGAAAGGGGACUCUGAACUGGAAACAGCGAUAUGAUAUCAUAUUUGGGAUAGCAAGGGGUCUAGCUCAUCUACACAAUGAAUUCCAUGUCAAAAUCGUUCAUAGAGAUAUAAAAUCGAGCAAUAUUCUCCUUGAUCAUGAUUUUCAACCCAAAAUAGCGGAUUUUGGGUUGGCAAGGUUUCAUCCAGAGGAUCAAAGUCAUAUUAGCACAAAGUUUGCCGGGACACUGGGCUACACGGCGCCCGAAUAUGCACUUCAUGGUAUUUUAUCCGAUAAAGUUGACACCUAUAGCUUUGGUAUCGUUGUUCUUGAAAUCAUCAGCGGGCUAAGGUGUACGGACAUGAGCUCUGAUAAACCAUCCAUAGAAGAUUACCUUCUGGAACAUGCUUGGAAGUUGUACGAGAAUAGAAAGCAUGUCAGGCUCAUUGAUGAGACAUUGGAUGUAAACGAACAUGAAGAGCAUGUGAAACAGAUCAUUGAGAUUGCGUUACUGUGCACUCAGUCACCAGCCUCAAAAAGACCAGUUAUGUCAGAAGUUGUUUCCAUGCUUCCAAAAGGCCUAUCAUUGGGAAAUAGACAAUUAACCCGACCUACUUUCAUUGAUCAUCAUAGGCGGGUUCAUAUAGGAUCCCCAAACAAGCAUAAUGUUUCUGGAAUGCCAAAGGAAUCAGACACGAAACUGCAGCUGCAAAGUGUAGAAGCAUAUGACGAAGUACAUGUAAUGGAGAAGGGGAUGAAUGUCCAAAAGCGUGCAUAAUGUUUAUGUGAACCUCAUGAUAUUAUUAAAGAAAAUAGAAGACAACUUAGUUUUCUGUACUCGUAUUUGGGACGUUUUUUCACCUCAAUAAGAAAUUGCUAUCAUUAAUGCUCUACACUGCAAAAAGAUAUGUGACCUUGUGUAACUUUAAAAAUAAUGACUUUUUGUUGUAUUUUAAGUUUGUAAAGUAUUAGAGCAUUGUUAUCUCGACGGUUAGUAUUU